ACUGGUGACGGCCACGUUGAGAAGUCUUUGCGUUGAACUGCCGUGUCGCAUCUGCCUAGAUUUUUUCGAAGAUCUCGUCACCACAGACUGCGGGCUCCGUUUCUGCCCAGGCUGCAUCACCAAAUGCAGCCAGCGACCUCGGGGCUGAGCAGCCGUUCGGCAAGCGAACUUCAAGCCAAGCCAGCCGCUGGCAAACAUUGCAGAAAUGACCGCGGGACCGCAGGAGGCGAGAAGCGAGGAGAAGCGAGUGCGACGCGCGAGGGGCCCCUGCAGCUCUUCUGCCGGGAGGGUCGGGCGCCCGUCUGCCCGAUUUGUGACAGAUCAAGGCAGCGCCACGGACACCGAGUGCUUCCUAUAGAAGAGGCUUCCCAAGAGUACAAGGUAGAAAAUUUCCACGGCUGUGGGAAACAAGAAGAAAUCAGGAACCAUCUGAAAUCUCUGAAGGAAAAGGCUGACAAACUCAAGGAACAGAGGCGGGCAAAAGAGCAGAGAAUUCAGUGGACCGUGACACAGUUGGAGCUGGAGAAACAGGAGGUCAGGUCUGCCUUUGAGAGGAUGCAGAAGUUCCUUGAGGAGAAGCAGCACCUCUGGCUAGAUCAACUGGAGAAGAGAGAAGGAGAGACGCUCACUGACCUCUCUCAGGAGAUUUCCCAGCUCAGCCUGCUGAUGACAGAGAGGGAGGAGACGCUGCUGCAGCCAGCAAUUGAAUUCCUGCAGGACAUCACAAACUGCUUAAGCAGGUGUGAGAAGAAUUUAAUACAGUAUGUAGUGGACCUUCCUCCCAAGCUGGAAGAGAGACUCAGAAUUUAUGCGCAGAAAAACUCUGAUCUAAAAAAGGCCAUGCAGAACUGUGAAGUGAGAGUGACUAUGGAUCCAGACACGGCGUGUCACAAACUCUUUCUGUCAAAGGACCUGAAGACUGUGAGAUGGGAUGUACUACUUGAGGAAAAGACCGACAACCCAGAGAGAUUUGACCACAUGAACUCUGUCUUGGGCCACAGGAAUUUCACUUCAGGAAGACAUUGGUGGGAGGCGGAGGUGCAGGGAAAGGGAAAGUGGGAAGUCCCACUGGAGGCACCGGUGUGGGCCAUUGGCAUCGCAAGGGGCACUAUGACCAGGAAGGGGUAUGUCAGCCUGGGUCAAAAGGAAGGGAUCUGGGCUGUGGGGAAGAUUUACCUUGGCCUGGAUGCACCUUGUCAAGCCUUAGCUUUUACUGCCCUUGAGCCAGUCCGUUUGACAUUGAGAAAAGAACCCGGGAAGAUCUGGGUGGCCCUGCAUUAUGAAGAGGGUUGGGUCGAUUUUUUUGAUGCUAAUUCUGAUGAUUUUAUAUUCACUUUCUAUGUUGGGUCAUUCUCUGGGCAGAGAAUUCGACCUUUUUUCUACAGUGGGGAGUAGAAUGGCAGUCUGAAGUGCAGCUCCUGAGGACGACCCCCGCACACACACAAACACUCCCUCACCCUUCCUGAUGACAAACCUCCUUUUUCACCUGCAAAAAAAGGGUCAUCAGAUUAGGAAGGGCUCUGCUUUGUUGCUGUAUCUUGAAAUACUCAUAGUUAUUCUCUCUCAAAGAGGAAGGGGAAGGGAAGGAAGCAAAAGAGGAGAAAGAGAUGAUGACAGUACCACAAUCUGAAAAUGUAGGGAUAUUGAUCCUGCACCUUUCAUUUUAGGAACUGCUGUGAACCACUUGGAGAACUUCAGCUUUUGGCUGGUAUAGAAAUUAAACAAAUACAAAUAACAUUAA